AUGGAUCAGGCAUUUAGCUUUAUCGAUCAUCAAAUUUGUUUUGCGGUGAAGUCAAACUCAAAUCUUGCGGUAUUGAAUGUAUUGGCAAAAUUAGGCUCAGGCUUUGAUAUUGUCACAGGUGGUGAGCUUGCACGGGUCCUUGCCGCAGGUGGAGAUGCUACAAAAAUCGUAUUCUCAGGUUUAGGCAAACAAGAAGCAGAUAUUCAAAAAGCCCUAGAAGUAGGGAUUGCGUGCUUUAAUGUGGAAUCCCAUGCUGAACUUGAUCGUAUCCAAAAAGUUGCGGCAGAUUCAGUUUUUGAAACCUAUCAAUAUGCGGCGUCUUUACCCAACCUUGAUGUGAUUGGGAUCGAUUGUCACAUUGGUUCGCAAUUAACUGAAACACAACCUUUCGUAGAUGCGCUUGACCGCGUCAUUAUGAUGAUUGCAAAAUUGAAAGAAUUGGGCAUCCAGCUUAAACACAUCGAUAUUGGUGGUGGUUUAGGGGUGACCUAUAAAGAUGAAACACCGCCAAGUGUUGCUGAAUAUGCCAAUGCAAUGCGUCCAGCUUUAGAGAAAUUAGGCUUAAAAGUCUAUAUGGAACCGGGGCGGAGUAUUUCAGCAAAUGCUGGGGUAUUGGUGACUAAAGUUGAUUUGUUAAAACCAACCAACUAUCGUAAUUUCGCGAUUAUUGAUGCUGCAAUGAAUGACUUGAUUCGUCCAUCGCUUUACCAAGCGUGGAUGGACAUUCAACCUGUGAUAUCGCGUAUAGAUUUUGAAGCAAAGACUUGGGAUAUCGUGGGCGCCAUUUGUGAAACGGGCGAUUUCCUUGGUAAAGAACGUGAACUUGCCAUUCAGGAAAAUGACAAUCUUGCUGUUUUAGGUGCAGCCGUGGUCGUGCUGCUGAAGUCAUGGUCGAUGCUGACCAAUCAAUUUACCAAAAUGCAUGGUCUGGGCAAUGACUUUAUGGUGGUUGAUUUAAUCAGCCAGCGUGCAUUUUUUGAUGCAAUGACCAUUCGCCGUUUGGCUGAUCGCCAUUUCGGGAUUGGUUUUGAUCAACUGUUAAUUGUUGAACCACCAGAUUUUCCCAAUGUUGAUUUCAAAUAUCGUAUUUUCAAUGCUGAUGGUUCAGAAGUAGAGCAAUGCGGCAAUGGGGUGCGUUGUUUUGCACGGUUUGUUUAUGAACGUCAGUUGACCAAUAAAAAGCGUUUUAAAGUUCAAACCUGCGCUGGUAUUGUCGAACCUGAGUUGGGUGAAAAUGGUUGGGUGCGCGUCAACAUGGGCUAUCCAAAAUUUUUACCCAAUGAGAUUCCAUUUCUUGCAGAAGAGCCAGAUGCAUUGUAUGACAUCGCAUUGCAAGAUAAUGAAUUGCUGACUAUUGAUGUGGUCAAUAUGGGCAAUCCACAUGCAGUGACAAUCGUUCCCGAUGUUUUAACUGCAGAUGUUGCCAAAAUUGGUCCUCAAGUGGAAGCACAUGCACGUUUUCCGCAACGAGUAAAUGCAGGCUUUAUGCAAAUUGUUGAUGAAAAGCAUGCGCGCUUACGUGUGUUUGAACGUGGUGUGGGCGAAACGAUGGCAUGUGGUACAGGCGCUUGUGCAGCCGCAGUCUCUGGAAUGCGUCGUGGCUUACUUGCCAAUAAUGUCGAAAUUGAGUUGGCUGGUGGUAAAUUACAAAUCGAAUGGAAAGAAGGCGAUGUGGUUUGGAUGACAGGGCCGACGGCAACCAUCGUAUUGAUUGGCAUGGCGAAUCCGCAGAGCAAGCAGGCUUUCCAUAUGAAAAUGGUGGAACACAUAUUGGAAUUUAUUUGGCCUGGAUUAUCAAUAACCAAUUGGAAGGUGAGUUUCACCAAGAAGAAAGUGCCGAUGAAUUAG